AUGUCAACCUCUGCGACUAACAAUAUGGCGGGCGGUGACCAGACCGUCAUCACUCUUCGCAAAGUUCUCACCUCUGAAACGGAGCCUCUCGCUCGCCGAUUCCGUGCGCUUUUCUCCCUGAAGCAUCUCGCCUGCUUGCAGCCCCCCACCGAGCAGACACUGCCCUCCAUCGAGGCGAUUGCAGCUGGCUUUGCCUCCGACUCGGAGUUGCUGAAGCAUGAGCUUGCAUACUGCCUUGGUCAGACUCGGAACACCGACUCUGUGCCAUUCCUGCAGAAGGUCGUCAAGGACCCCGAGGAGGAUGCCAUGUGCCGCCAUGAGGCCGCAGAGGCUCUUGGUGCCUUGGGAUUUGAAGACAGUCUGGAACUCCUCAAGAAGAUGAGGGACGACGAGAAUGAACUUGACAUCAUCAGAGAAACAUGCGAUAUUGCUGUGGACAGAAUUAUCUGGGAGAACUCAGAAGAGAAGAAAGCAGAGGAAUUGAAGCCUAGUGAUUUUGGCUCCAUUGAUCCCGCCCCGCCGCUUCCCAUGGCCGCAAGCCAACCUUCUAUCUCUGACAUGGAGAACACACUGCUCGACACAAAGCUUCCCUUGUUCCAGAGAUACCGUGCCAUGUUCGCUCUGCGUGACCUUGCAUCGCCCCCCGAUCUUCCUACCGCCGUGAGCGCUGUCAAUGCAUUGGCCAAGGGUCUCAAAGACCCUUCGGCCCUGUUCCGCCACGAGAUUGCGUUUGUCUUUGGCCAGCUUUGCCACCCAGCUUCGAUUCCCAGCCUCACAGACUGCCUGAGUGACCAGAGUGAGGCUUGUAUGGUGCGACACGAAGCCGCCGAAGCCCUUGGAAGCUUGGGCGACGAGGAGGGCGUCGACGCAACUCUGAGAAAGUUCUUGAAUGACCCGGAGAAAGUCGUGAGAGAUAGCGUGAUUGUGGCUCUGGAUAUGGCGGAGUUUGAGAAGAACGGGGAGAUGCAGUAUGCGCUGGUGCCGGACGCAACAGCUCCCGCUGCCGUGUCUGCUGCUUAA